AUAAAAACAUAAGAAAAGGAUCUAAUAUUCUCCUGUUCAACCUAGGAUGUUAAGAACAAAGCUUGUAGGAGCAAUGGGCGUAAUGACCCUUGCUGUGUCUCUAUUUCUUGAUGCUUCAGUUGCGCAAGGCCAAAACAAGCCCUGUGCACCUUCUUCCUGUGGAAACCUUGGUAUCAGUUACCGUUUUCGUUUAAGUAGCGACCCUAUGGAGUGUGGUUACCCAGGGUAUGAAUUAGUUUGUGAGAACAAUCGCACAACUUUCCUCACCCAAUCUGGGAAAUUCUUCGUGGAGGAAAUAACUUAUGAUGGGUAUACACUUCGACUGAUGGAUGCUAGUCUGGAUCUUCAUAGGAUUAGGUUCUCUAUCCCUCGUAAUUCCUUUCUAGGUAAAGGGGAUUUUGAGAAUAGAUAAGAGACCUAUUAUAACUCCCUUUCAACAAACUAGAAAAAACUAGAAAUAAAUUGAACCAAUGAAGUUGAGAAGAACAAGAACUGAAUUAAAAGCAUGAAAUAGCUGCCAAAGGAUUCAAGAAAAGUUCAGUUAUCAG